AUGUUUCUGUGGUCUUAUAGGGUGCUGCAGGGUUCCAUCAUGGCUGCUGCCCUGGGAGAGCCAGCUGUGGUGCGGGUCGACCCGGUCACCCUGGCUCCCCUCCAGGUCACAGACUGGUACUCUGUCAACCACUGCCGAGCACAGAGCCUGGUGUUGGGAGAGGAUAAGGGAUAUAUUAUUUGUGCCAGUACAUUGUUACGGUUUAUAACAACUUUUCAUAAAUGAACCAAACAGAUACAGUAGUUAGAAUAUCUGUAAAAGAUAAGGAGUGUGGUAUUGUAUUAGUGAUCUUUGUGUACCUGCUUAGUGGUCAUAGUGAUUUAGUGGGUGCAUCUUUUGUUGGUGAGGGAGGAAUGUUUGGAUCACUGUCAACCUGCCAUGACAUCUCCUCCUCUUUCUUCUGGACGGGCAGGUUGUGUAUUCUGACACAGAGCCUGGGACUGAGGGGAGAGUGAAAUGUAAGUAGGGGAGAGUGAGAUGUGAGUUUAACUGAAUAUCCCACUCUUAACCAUCCUUGUGUUCUGUCUGACUUGUGUUAUCUGUCUGACUUGUGUUCUCUGUCUGACUUGUGUUCUCUGUCUGACUUGUGUUCUCUGUCUGACUUGUGUUCUCUGUCUGACUUGUGUUCUCGGUCUGACUUGUGUUCUCGGUCUGACUUGUGUUCUUUGUCUGACUUGUGUUCUCUGUCUGACUUGUGUUCUCUGUCUGACUUGUGUUCUCUGUCUGACUUGUGUUCUCUGUCUGACUUGUGUUCUCUGUCUGACUUGUGUUCUCGGUCUGACUUGUGUUCUCGGUCUGACUUGUGUUCUUUGUCUGACUUGUGUUCUCUGUCUGACUUGUGUUCUCUGUCUGACUUGUGUUCUCUGUCUGACUUGUGUUCUCUGUCUGACUUGUGUUCUCUGUCUGACUUGUGUUCUGUCUCUUUGGUUUAGGGUGUCAUUAUCUCCACCUCCACAAGGGGGAGUGCCAGACUGACCCUUACCUGGAUGGUGUCUCAUUUAUAAACCUCUGAUAAACAUGGUGAAUCUUCUGCUCUUCUUCACUUAUUUGACUUUUAUCGUAUCCUCUGUACUCCAUGACAAAACACUACUUCAAACACGCUUCCUUCUAUUCACUUUCUCUACCUUUAACAUUCAAUCCCAUUUACUCCUCUCUCUCCUCUUUCUCUUCCCUUACUCUUUUCACUGUGUUUUCCUGUAGAGUUAGUUCUGGAAAAGGGAGAAUGAGAGAGAGAUACUGUGACAGAGGACUGGAGUGUAGAGAUGUACUGUUUAGACAGCCACUACUUCUUCUCUAACCUGAGCAGAGAGGUCAGUGUGUGUGUGGUGUGUGUUUAAUGUUUCUGUGCAGCAUAUUUUUGGUGGAAAAGUAUAUGAAAGUGACACCUACCCAUUAUUUUAGUUUCUCUCCACCUACCACUCUGUCAGAAUGCAUCCCUGUGUCAGUAACUCUUUGGUGGGGUGCUGCUGCAGGUACUGGGCUGAACAGGUACCAGGGAACAGUGUCUGGCUCUGACUGGAUGGACUGCCCAGUAGGAGGUGCCAUUGAGGUCACUUUGAGUUUGAUGAGCUUGAAUGACUCUAUUACCCAAUACCUCUCCAUAUACAACCUUUCUAACCUGAUUCUAUUCUAUUUCUCGUUCAUUCAUUCAAUUAUUCAUUCAUUCAUUCAUCCAGGUGACAUGUUACAGGGGUUUAGUGUUCUGUCCUGACAAGAGGUUGUGUUAUCAUCCUGACAUCGAUCCGACCACCAACAACAACCAUGUCCUUCACUCUCCAGCUGCCUCUACUACAGACCCAGUGAUCACUGAGAAGUGAGUAUAGCCGAGUAGGAAGUGGAGUUACAGGAUCUGUCUCUUACUUACAGAACAAUACAUCUUUGCAAUGUAAUACAUAUAUUCAGUAUAAAUAAAGUGUUUCUUCUCAUCUCUCCUUCCGUGAUUCCCUGUUACAUCAGAACACAACCCCUGACCCGAGCUUGACGUUGGGCCCGGCCCCACCCUCUCCAGUACAGGGGGUCAGUACAGAUCCCAAUGUGGCUGCAGUCCUGGGGGUCAGUGCUGCUGUCUGUCUCCUGGCUGCUCUGAUGGUGGCCUACAGGAGGUACCACUCCUCCAGAGUCAGGGUGUAUGCUGCCCCUGAGGUGUCCAGUGUUCUGCAGUUGCACUCCACCCAA